AUGAGCCUGGACGAUGAUGCCAGCUGGCUAGAAUGGGUCACCAAGCAGUUUGAAAGCAUCGCCGGGGACGACAAAGAGAUAGACCUGGAAGAGUUUAAAACUGCUCUCAAAGUCAAAGAGUCUUUCUUUGCAGAGCGGUUCUUCGCCCUGUUUGACGCUGACGGCAGCGGCUCCAUCAGCCUGGACGAGCUCCUCAAGGCUCUGGACCUGCUCAUCCACGGCAGCGAGACCGACAAGCUCAAGUUCCUGUUCCAGGUGUACGACGUGGAUGGCAGCGGCUCUAUCGACCCUGACGAGCUGCGUACGGUGCUGAAGUCAUGCCUGCGCGAGAGCGCCAUCUCCCUGCCGGAGGAGAAGCUGGACGACCUGACGCUGGCGCUGUUCGAGUCGGCCGACAAGGACAACAGCGGCUCCAUCACCUUCGAAGAGCUCAAGGCCGAGUUGGAGACUUUCCCAGAAGUCAUGGAGAACCUCACCAUCAGUGCUGCUAACUGGCUGAAGCCUCCACAGCAGGAGCAGAAGAAGAGGAAGCCCCCUCGGUACCUUACCCCAGCCUACUGGCAGAACAACAGCCGCAAGCUGCUCUUCCUGUGUGGCUACUCCUGCCUCAACUUCCUGCUCUUCAUGGUGGCCAUGCUGCACAACAGCCAUGGCGGGCCCUGGUACAUGGUGGCCAAGGGCUGUGGGCAGUGCCUCAACUUCAACUGCACCUUCGUCAUGGUGCUCAUGCUGCGGCGCUGUAUGACCUGGCUGAGGGCCACAUGGGUGGUCAGAGUGCUCCCUCUGGACCAGAACAUCCUGCUGCACCAGAUGGUGGGCUACGCCAUCCUCUCCUUCACCCUGGUUCACACCAUGGCACACACCAUGAACUUCAUCAGCCUGUCUCAGAGCAGCAGCUUCAGCCUGUGGGAGUACCUGUUGACCACUCGCCCGGGGGUGGGCUGGGUGCAGGGCACAGCCUCGCUGACCGGCCUGCUGCUGCAGAUCUUCAUCUGCCUCAUGGUGUUCUGCUCCAGCACCUUCGUACGGCGCAGCGGACACUUUGAAGUGUUCUACUGGUCCCACCUGUCCUAUGUGUGGGUGUGGACUCUGCUGGUAAUCCACUGCGCCAACUUCUGGAAGUGGUUUUUGGUUCCGGGCGUGGCCUUUCUGCUGGAGAAGCUGGUGGGCGUGGCCGUGUCUCACAUGGGUGGGCUCUACAUCAUCGAGGUCAACCUGCUACCCUCCAAGGUGACUCAUCUGGUGAUCAAACGGCCGCAGUUCUUCCACUUCAAGCCGGGAGACUACGUCUACAUCAACAUCCCCGACAUCGCCAAGUACGAGUGGCACCCUUUUACCAUCAGCAGCGCCCCGGAACAGUCAGACACUCUCUGGUUGCACAUCCGUUCGAUGGGCCAGUGGACCAACCGCCUGUUUGAGUACUUCAGACAGCCAGAGAGUGACGUCCUCGGCACCAAGAGACUCAGCACCAGCCUGAAGAACCGACAAUGCCAGAGGAAGACCCAGGCCUCUGCCAAGAUGAGUGACAACCACAGGUUCAGUAACAUUAAGUGCUAUCUGGAUGGGCCGUAUGGGACUCCGACCAGACAGAUCUUUGCUUCUGAACAUGCUGUGUUGAUCGGGGCUGGCAUUGGGAUCACACCCUUCGCCUCCAUCCUGCAGAGCAUCAUGUACCGCUACCGCAUGAGGAAACAGAACUGUCCUAGCUGCAGCUACUCCUGGUGUGAGAACAUCAAGGACAACGACAUGGUGCUGAGGAAGGUUGACUUCAUCUGGAUAAACCGUGACCAGAAGUGCUUUGAGUGGUUUGUUAGUCUGCUGACCAAACUGGAGAUGGACCAGGCUGACGAGGAACCAGAAGGACGCUUCUUGGAGAUGCAUAUGUACAUGACUUCAGCCCUGAGCAAGAACGAUAUGAAAGCUAUCGGCCUGCAGAUGGCGCUAGACCUGCUGGCCAAGAAGGAGAAGAGGGACUCCAUCACAGGCCUGCGGACACGCACCCAGCCUGGGAGGCCUGAGUGGGGCAAGGUGUUCCAGAAAGUGGCGGAGGAGAAGAAAGGCAAGGUGCACGUGUUCUACUGUGGUUCUCCAGCUCUGGCCAAAAUCAUCAAGGCCCAGUGUGAGAACUUUGGGUUCCACUUCUACAAGGAGAACUUCUGAGUGGCCUGCUCUCCUCUCCCCUAGCUCUCAGUCUUGCUCUCACAGACUCACCCUCGUGUUCGUUACAGAUUAGUAUUGUGCAUGUGAUGAUCGCUCUUUCUACAUGUGGUGUCUUCAAGCUCUUCAAACUGUACUAUGCCAGAAUAUAGUGUGUGUGCAUAUGUGUGUGUAUGGGUUUGUGUUUAUGAAUGUUGUUCCAGAAUGCAUACACGUGUGCAUGAUUUGGGAUAUCUGCCUUCAAACUAUAAUGCCUGCCUUUUCUUUGUGUCUGUUUUGUCACAUUUUAACUCUUAACCGCUUAGGAACUAGACGUAAGCAAUUUCUGGUAUUUGCUUGUUGUAUUGCUGUUGUUGCAAAUGGA